GGCUUCUCGGAAUGAGCUCACUCGAGGGACGGCGCAUGUUACCAGGUGCUCUACCACACCCAAGGACACCACUUUGCGAGCACUACCAUGGCAGCGUCAGCCACCAUUGUACUGCCCGGUGACAACAUCGCGCAGAGCGCCCUGCCAACUGGCACAGGCAAAAAGAAGACGCUCACCCUCGGACCCGGUUUGCGACAUACGCCGCCAGACACGGUCACGGCCACGGUCGCGGGCGCGCUCGUGACGGACAACAAGAAGAAUGCUGCUUCAGUUGAAUACAACACCGGAAGGUAUCUUCCCUUUGCAGGCGACCUCGUCAUCGCGACUGUCAAUGGCUCUGCCGCCGAGAACUUCAAUUGCCUCCUCACCCCGAACACGCCGGCUGCGACCCUUCCCCACUUAGCCUUCGAGGGCGCGACCAAGAAGACACGGCCUCAACUCCCCCCAAACUCCCUGGUCUACUGUCGCGUCGCGAGUGCCGGCAAGGACCUACCAUCAGAGCUCACCUGUGUCGAUCCCUCCACGGGUAAGGGCGAAGGUCUCGGUCUAUUAAAGGGGGGUAUGGUGUUCAAGAUCAGCCUGGGUAUGGCACGGAGAAUGCUUGCAGCGCGCGGAGGCAUAUCUUUGUUGGAAACGCUGGGCGCCAAAAUCGGCUUCGAGGUUACCGUCGGUCGAAACGGACUUGUGCACGUUGAUGGGGGAAACGUAAAGACGACAUUGGCAAUUGGGCAGGCUAUACAACAGGUGGAUGCCGCGGCCCUCGGGGACGAAGCACAGAAGAAGCUUGCUGCGGCGACGCUGAAGCAAUGUUGAUGAAGAUACGCGGAUUGCUAUGUCAAACUUUGCAAUCGCGAGAUGGAACGAUGGCGCCAUUAUCACGCACAUUGGCCUAUGUGAAGACUAAUCGUAGGCGGGCUAUCGGCUGUUGGCGGAUAGCUGGCUGUGAAGGGCAAAACUCGACGUUUGCGACUGACACGCGCGACGACGCAUGAGAGAUCGGCACCCAUGUCACUGCCAGACUGAGUUGUCGACGGAUCUUACAUUGCCAGGUUCCGUUGAUUGUCCGCGUCUGGCCCACUGGAUGAAAGCUGCUGGAAUUUAAUGAGCCCGCCUGAGUGAAUGGGAAGUGUUACAG